UCAUAGUUUUUAUUUUUAUACUAUCAGGAAUAAUGGUCUUUGUAGAUGUGGAGCAAAAAAAGAUAUUUCAAUCUAUGAUGUGGGGUUGUGGUGGAAUAGUGUGCUGCGCAAGUUGCGGACUCUGGUGGAAUUGAAAGAAAUUGAUGUCCGCAAUCUAAAAACAAAAAAAUGGCGGACGCUACAAAAUCACAAAAGUUAGCAGCUGCUAAGAAAAAGCUCAAGGAGUAUCAACAAAAAAGUAAAAAACCAGAAACAGGUGAAGAAAAUUUACAUACAAACGAUGCCUUAAGUAAUUCAACGCAUAGUUCCAUUAACGGUGGUUUUGAUAUCGUGCCUUUAGAAACUGUAUCUACUAAUAUUGGAGACACCAACCAAAGGUCUCCUUUUCAAAAUUACUUUAAUCCAGAGAGACAAAAUGUGGUCACCGAGCAAAAAGACUUUUUUGAUUCGUUAUCGUUUCAAACAAAUACAAACCAUCCACCUAUAAGUAACGUUCAAGAUUCUCAUAUAAAUGCCAUUUUUAAUGAAAAGCAUAGUGAUCCUGGUUCUUUGGAAUAUCCCGAACUUACAGAAAGUAAGCCGUAUGGAGUAUAUACGGAAAAGCCUGUGGACCAUCCAUUUGUGUCUUUUGAAGAUGCGAGAAAGUUAUCCGACUACAUGACUGAUGCAACAAAUGGAGUUGAGGAGAUUGUUCCGGCGGAAAAAUCACUUGUAAACUCAAAUAUAGAAAGUCUGAGGCAGUUGUCCUCUGAAAUUAACGAACUGAUCAAGGUUGAACCAGAUACGCACGACGACUCUGAUCUGGAAAGGAGGAACGUUGAACUGGCCAGAUUAUUGGAUCAAGAAUGUUUGGUCUCGCAUACGGCACGUAAUCAACUUCGCGAAUCUCAAAGUCAGGUGGAGCAGUUGCAAUGCGAAUGUCAACAGAUCAAGACCGACUACGAACACAGGUUGAAUCGUGAGGUCGGGCCUUUACAAGAGCAACUACAGUGCCACGCUCAGACCGUCGGAAUACUUAUAGCCGAAAAGACCGAACUGU